CGCCGCGAUCGUGUUCGUCUGUGUCUGUACCGUACGUAGGCGUAUCGCACCAACAUUGCCAUCGGCUGUACACUUAAACUAAAUUAUUAAAAAACUGUCACCGGUUUUUCUUAGCUUUAUCGUAUUCUGUCUCAAGUGUUCAUAGUCUCGCCUUCGUCUGAGCACAUGGAAGGAGAUUAGGGUUCAAGCCAAACGCCGUAAACAGAGGAGCUAUGGUCGGGCUGUGCUGGGUGUUGCUGGCGCUGGCUGCGGCAGUGGCUGGCGAUGAGGCCAACGACCCUGAGGGGCUGCUGGUGGCAGCACCUGGGGCGGGCGUGGACUCAGAAUAUUCGGUGUAUGUGGGCCGGUGGACUGAAUGCGGACCCUUGGGAGAGGAGCAUGCAAGGGCCAUUGAAAGAUACAACCUGAAGCCGGAAGCGGAUUCUUUGGUGCAUACACCGCGACUGGGCCUGCAGAGGCGACAAGUCCAAUGCCGUAGUAAAGAUGGGCGAUUCGUUGAGAACAUGUAUUGUGGCUCAGCGCUUGGCAAGGUUGGUACAUUGAGGGUAUGCGUGAUAAGAGAAGACUGUUCGCUGGGAGAAUGGUUGCCGUGGCGACCACGAUCUGACGGUGCUCUUGUGCGCACGCGCCGGGUUAGAAGACUGCCGCAUGGUGGUGGAAAGGAAUGCGACAUUGUUGAGGAAGUAAAGCCUGCGGCGUUAGAAGCGAGCGCUCACUGGACACCAGGCCUGUGGGGAGCAUGCCGGGUGGCUGUGGAGCAGACCGCAACUGUUUUACCUGCAACUACAGACGAUGAGAACGAUGAUGCCGAUGACAAUGACGCAAUAUACGACGAGGAUGACGAAGAAGCGGACGAGGACGACAAGGAGAUGCCGGAAGCGAGCUGCGGCGGCGGCGUGCAGCGACGGGAGGCGACCUGCGUGCGAGCUGACGGCAGACCGCUGCAUCCAGCCCAAUGCGCACAUGCUCCGAUGCCAACAUUGGUGCAGCCAUGUGAGGUUCCUUGUCCUCGGGACUGUGAAGUUGGAGAGUGGAGUGAAUGGGGAGCGUGCCAACCUACAGAUGGUUGCCCCCUAUUUCCGGUUCAGCAACUCACGACCACGGGUUACAGCGUCCGCCGUCGUCGAGUGAUAUCGGCAGCAUCAGGGGGCGGAGCACCAUGUCCUCCCUUGGAGGAGAAGCGGACGUGCUCGACCCCUCGAUGCGCCGCCUGGAAAGCCCUGCCCUGGGGACCUUGUGUCCUGAAUCAACCACAUUCAUCUUGCGGACCAGGGAAGCGCACUAGGGAGCUUAGAUGCGUUGGACAUGAUGGGAAAGAGGCUCAGCGUGCCUGGUGCAGCGGUAGCGGAGCGCCCGCUCGCACAGAGAGAUGCCGCAUAGCUUGCGCCGGGGACUGCGUGGUGUCCUCGUGGGGCGCCUGGUCCCUGUGCUCAGCGCUCUGCAGCUCGCCAUCGCAUCCCCGCCCCACCAGGACCCGGCGCAGGCACAUACUGGCGCACGCUUCACCUGAUGGUUGGCCUUGCCCUUCUGAAGACCAGCUCGUCCAAAACGAAUCUUGCAACACGCACGCUUGUGCUACUUACUCCUGGCUCGCGACUCCUUGGGGGCCCUGUGAAAGAAGACGACAGGACUACAUGCCUUUCACCAACUACACUGAUUUAGCGGAUGGAGAGACAUUAAAUGAACUCGAUGAAGAGGAGCCUUGCGUGGAAGAAGGAGAGAUGACACGCGAUGUCAUGUGCGUGCAAAACAACGCUGAUGUGGUUCGCGAAGCAUUGUGCGCUCCCCUACACCGACCAGUAGCUCGUCGGGCUUGCACUGUUCGGUGUCGUCGCGGCUGCAGGGUCGAAGCUUGGCUGCCAUGGUCACCGUGUCCAAACACUUGUGAUCCCGGUAAACAAGUCCGUGUGCGCACUGUCCACGGUGGGCCCAACUGCGGGCCGCGUCAAGAAACCCGUCAGUGUCCCGUGGCGAGGUCGUGCCGUGCUCGUGACGCGGCCUGGGUCGCGGGCGAGUGGAGCACGUGCCGCCUGCCGCCCGGCCAGCGCUGCGGCAUCGGAUACAGAACUAGAAGCUUGUGGUGCGGGUCGGAAUCGCACCGCGUGGAGGCGGGCGGUUGCGCGGGACAGGCAGUACCGCGAGCAGUGGCGGCGUGUCGUGUGCCCUGCGAGCCGCUCGCCCCGCUCGCUUGCCACGCCGUCUGCGCGAACCCACUCAGAUACUUGGAUGCGGCAGAUCCCGACAUCCCAAAUUGCGUCUGUAAAAACGUUUCAUUGGAACUCCUACCCGCCGACUCCGACUGCAUUCUCCCGCCUGGACUUGAAUGUGGAGAGGGCCGGUCGCUAAGAGCAGCGCGCUGUAUGCUCGACGGUCGUGACAUGCCGAUGGAUAUUUGUAAGAAGUAUCACCCACUCACUGGGCCAAGCAGAGUUCGUGAAGCUUCCACAGACGGGUAUACGUACGACGAAGAGUUUCCGUCCCUACUCCGUGGGCCGUGCACGGUCCGAUGCGCGCGAGACUGCGCUGCAGGGCCAUGGGGCGAAUGGGGGCCCUGCGCUGCUGAACCAGGCUCCAGGGCAGCAUUCCGCUUUCGCACCAGGGAGGUAGUAGAAGAGGGCUCGGGCGGCGGUAGAGAGUGCGGCGCGACUCUGCAGCGUGCCACGUGCGAAGUAGCGGCCGCGCGCUGGGCGAUCGGCGAGUGGUCGGUCUGCGCGCCGCGACGGGCGCUGUGCGGGCGCGCCGUUAUCAACAGGACCGUCACAUGUGUCGAUUCGAACGGCAACUGGCUUUCGGACUCUGAAUGCGAGGCGAAUGGUGCGGGGCCUGCGCCCUCACGUGAAGCCACCUGCCGCGCGCCCUGCCCCGCUGACUGCGUGGUUAGCACUUGGUCUGAGUGGAGCCCCUGUGAACAGACCAAGUGGGGUGGUCGUCGAGACCGCACGCGCGUGGUGCUGCGGCCCGCGGCAGAGGGCGGGGCGGCGUGCCCGCACCUUGUAGCGGCCGAGCCGUGCUCGCCGCACGCAUACUCCUGGCAUGUGGCUCCCUGGGACGACUGCCAGCCACUGGGAGGCUCUCCAUGUGGGGAAGGAACCAAAAAGAGAGCCGUGCGAUGUCUGCGAAGCGAUGGAGUAUUUGUGAACGAUACUUAUUGUCCUAACACUACAGCCUCAGAAGCACGCGAGUCAUGGUGCUACGUGCCCUGCGGUGUGGACUGCGAGCUGGGUUCGUGGGGCCCGUGGGAUAUUUCUGCCUGCUCGUGCGGUGACGCCUCCGCCAUGCAUAUGCGGCGUACUAGGCAACACCUGACGGCGGCGGUGUGGCCGGGGCGCGCGUGUCCCGCCACCGAGCAGCGCGCGCCCUGUCCGCGCGAGCCCUGCCUGCGACUUGUCGCCAGGCCUUCGCUGGGUUGCCAUGUGCAGAAAUCGUCCGGGGAGGAAGCGGAGGGUGCGUGCGGGUGGGGCGUGCGCGUGUCGCAGGCGCGCUGCGAGCUACCCGCCGACGCGCCGCCCGCCGCGCUGCAGCCCUGGCGCUGCGGGCCCGCACUGCCCGGCCGGAUCGUGGCCCCGCCCGUGCACUACCAGGAGGAGGAAGUGUGUGAGGUAGAGUGUGGCUGCAGGGAGUCGGAAGCGGGCACGCCGGGCCCGUGGGGCGCGUGGGGCCCGUGCCGCGCCGGCGCCCGCUCCCGCACCAGGCAGCUGCUGGUGCCCGCGCGCCGGGCCUGCAACACUCCGUCUAGAUACGUGACGAUUGAAUGGGCGAACUGCACCGGCGAGGCUGACGAGGUACCAGACCUGAUGGCAGUGGAACCACGCGGGGAGAAGCCACACCCGGUGCUGCUCGAUCAUGAUGUUUACCACGACGGCUACAUUGAGGGCAGCAGUUCUGUAUUGGCAGUUGUGUGGACGGCAACCACUGUACUCUGCUUUUAUGGCGCUUUUAUGCUUUACCGUGGAUUCAUUAGAUGCCUCAGGAGCAAGAGGUUGAAGACAAUCACAAAGGUUUAAGCUAAAAACUGAUAAAUCUUGAGUCUCAAGAUUGGAUAACGCCAGCACCGGUUGGUAGGCUCCAACGAUGGACAAUUAUGUUCCAAGGUUUCGUUGUCUGUUCGUAGCCCCCUGGUCCGAAGGUUGGGUUAAUAAUACUGUUACGUUGUUUCGUUGAUACUAAAUUAAUGUAUGUUUUACAAUUUGUUACGUUACAUACUUAAUUAAAUAAAUAUCUUUAGUUAAAAAAAACUAAAAGCCUUGACAGAGACGUGCGUUGUAUAUUUGUUUUCAGCAAGUUGUGGUUUGUUAAGCAUUUAUUAAUAUCCGUCAAUCUUAUAUUUACAAUCGUGAUUUGAUGGCUGGUAAUUUUCUGAAUAUGGACUUGCUUUUAUUUUCACUAUAUUGUAAACAUACUAUUAAAAAGGGUAUGACUGUAAACGCUAUUGCGCUUAAGUGUUGUAAUGAAGAGUUUUAGCUGGAAAGUAGUUCAUAAACCUUUGACUUGAUUUUUGUAAAUCGAUAAUAGGUAAUAAAUCUAUCAUCAUCAUUUUGCAAAAUAUAUAUGAUGGUUUCCGAAGAACAAUGAACACGUUCUUAUUUAGUGCUGAAAAUGAGACUUCAUGUUUGUACGAUAUCUACAUACCAACUGAAAUCAAAUGUGAUAUCAAUGAUAAUAAUAUUUGAUGGAUAUCGUCAUUACGAUUUAAGUCUAAUUAAUUUCAGCUAUAAAAUUAAAGCCCUUUUUAUCAGUAGUCCCAUUGGCUAGUACCAUUGCGCAUUGAUGGUACAAGUGAUGCAACUUUGUAUCUUUAGUACCAUACACUUGUGACACUAAUUUCGGAUAAAUUGUACCCUUCAAUGAAUAUUGCUAUACCUAUUAACCUGAAUAUUGUUGUGGCUAAUGGUACUGCUGAAAUAUAGGGAAUUAAAUUUCAAUAUUCAUUAGCUUUGUGAAUUACUGAAGUCAUUCAUCUUUGGCGUAAAGUUAAUUACUAAAAUCAGCAAACAGUCUGUCCGCGGGAGUGCUUCCAUGUUUUUAAUACAUACCUGUAAAAAAGCUUAUUUAGACAGUUUUGUACCAUUACCAAAACGAACUGGGUAGCAGAUAGCAGUUUUCGAAUAAUAAUGUAAAAUAUUAAAAUAAUGUUGGAAUCGGGGCGGGUUUUAUAGUUGUGGAGGCCAUGGGGCCAGAAAAGAGUGCGGGCCCCUGAACCACAGCCCCGCCUGGCCUUAAAUCCAGUCCUGUUUGGAAUAGUAGUGCGAGAUUAGGUUUAAAGCCAUUACGGCUUCGAAAAAUUUCAAACUUACUUCUUAUACCUACAGUCAAGUAACAUUGUUGAACCAUUAGACCUCAGAUUACAGAGCUAAAGGCGGAGCACACGGUACAUAGAUUGCGUGCUACCAAAGCAAAUAUCAAGUCAAAACCGAGUACCAACUCAUGUCAGUACGCUACGACACAUCGUGUUGUGAAUACGUCCCGUGAAUAUUAAGUUUUUAUCAAAACUGUGCCGCUUUGUUCAAAAAUUGUAAAAACUGUACACAAAGACAAAAAAAGCAUUACUUUUUACUAAUUUGCUUUGGUAGCAUGCAAUCUGUGUACCAUGCGCUCCAUCUAUUUGGUCUGUAAUCAGAGCAUUAGACAUAUAAAUUCGUUAGGUAUAACGUCACUGCACUGUAACAAAUUAACAUCAUUUCAGCUACUGAAUAGUUGAGUGCCUAGUUUGUCGUUUGAUAUAUCUGCUACAUACGCUCGUUCAUUUGCAAGAACACCUAUUAUAAUCCCGAUCAUUUUAAACAUAGCAACUAAACAAUCUUCUUAUGUUAAUGAAACGGUUAUAUACUUAACUUUGACUUAAAUACACUUUUAAAUGAAAAUUAUCCAUUGUGACCAGUUUUAAAUUGCUUAUAUUUCUUGGGGAAGUAAAGGCUAGCUAACCCCAGGACAUAUCAUUUUAUUGCAUUUAUUAUAAUGGUGAAUAUUUUUAUGGUGAAUAGGAAGAAACUGCCCAACUUUGAGUCGUGCAAGGAGCAUUCGCUCUUUUGACCAAAUAAGACGUGACACAUCAUACCACAUAUCAGACUAUUAAUAAAUUAUAAUACCUUUAGUCUCGACUACUGCAAUGGAAUUGUUUUACCAACAAGCUCAUUGCAGAAAAUAUCGAAUGCUUAAAUUAUCAUCCCAGUAGAGCUUUGGCGCACAAAAACCUACUUUACGAAUAGUUUGUAAGCCCUACCAUUAACUGAUCAUACAGUUUCGAAUAAUAAUCGUGUAUAACACUUUUUUGUAGAUUUUGCAUUUAAGCCCAUGUAUUUGUGAGAAGUAUAAUUAUGUAUUCAUAAACGUGAGUGUGCUCUAUGUCUCGUCUACUUCCUUCAUCUUACUUUACGUUUAGUUUCACUGUUUUUGAUAUCAGAAUUCUAUUUUUCCCACUAUUAAGAUCUUCAUGUUUAUAAAGUGAUACCAAAACGAUAGUCUCAGAUAUUUGACUGUUCGUUAUUGACUUUUAUAAGGCCCUGUUUUUUGAGACUUUAUCGGGAUAUGGUCAUACAAAUUUAAUUAACAAGUCAUUACUAUUUGUACACAGAGCAUGAUUUGUAUCAAUUUCCCGUUCCUUCUUGACAAUAUGAUAAUAAUGAUUAUUUAUAAUGUUGCUAUUCAAUUUAUCCAAUCUUUCCUAUAUUGUCUUUAUCUUUUCUUGAUAUAAUAUACUUUCAACCAUAUAAUGUAUUUGUAACCGUAUUAUCUUAAUGCCAUCACAACAUAUUGAUGUGAAACAUGAUAGUUAAGGAAUCGUGUUAGACAAUACAAUAUUUGAUAUUUAAUAAAUUUGAUUGUGUU